AUGUCAGAUUCAAUGAUACAUUAUUUCCCGAGUUUUGAAAAGAAACCGAGCAUGCAUGAUAGCUUGUUUUCCAGGAGAAAUAGAAAAGUAACAAUAGUAUUCAAAAGCAUCAGAGGAACGGCUGUUUUGAAAAAAAACAAAAUCCUUAUUAACGGAAACGAAACACUAGAAUCUGUACUAAAUUUCCUGAAAAAAAUUUUUAACAAAAAUGAACACAUCUUUUUAUAUAUUAAUAACACUAUAAAACCAAACCUAGACGAUUUCAUUUGGGACCUUUUUGAUCUGUAUCAAAUUUCGAAUUGUCUAAAUAUUUCAUAUAGCUUUACCCCUGCGUAUUAA